UUGAUAACGUCUCUUAUUUGAAACAGUCAAGAAAAAGAAUGUAGUGUGUAUACUUCUUUGACAAAAGCGUUAUAUACAUAUUGCGUUUCAUAUAGUUGUUUUCAUAAAUAAACGGAAAUUCAAGAAGAAGAAAGAACAUUGUGCAAUAUAUAUUUUAAAUUUCUUCAAAUCGAUGUAGUUAUGUCAGAAAUUAAAGAUGAUCCACGAGAAGUUCUCGUUCUUUUGAAUUCAUUAGGAUUCGUUGGCAUUACCGCGGCUCAAUUAAAAGCUUUUAUGAAAGACUUGAAGAUUUACAGAAAGAUAAAAGAACGCGAAAGACAACAACGAAAAGAAGAGAUUAAAACAAAAAUAAUUAGCAAGCAACAGGCUCUGAUUAAAGAAGUUCAUGGGCAUCGGAAUACAGAUUGUUCUUCGGUUAAUAUUGUUCCUUUUGAAUCUUCAAAUUCCUUCGACGAUGAAUCAUUGAUAAAAGUCAGGAUAAAAUGCAUCCCUAAGGAAGAUAUUCAAAAAGAUACCGAAGCAGCUGUAAUAAAGUUAGAUAAUAAAAAAUCGACAGUAAAAUACAAAGAUGUUCAAGUAGUCGAAUCAGAUAGGACUUGCAAACGAAACUAUUUUAAUACUACAUCUCCAAUUAUUAGAUGUUCAAAAAGCGAGAGCACACAAAAUGUUUCUAAAUAUUUAGCAAAAGAUAACUAUUUGAUGGAAGAAUGCAAGCACAAUUUAAAAGAGGAUCAAAUAAAAUCAGUAACUUCAAUGUUUGAGCAAUCAAUAUGUGAACCUAUUUUAUCAAAUUGUAUGAACUCAGAGUCAAAGAGUGUCGCGUCAGAUCCAACUGGAAACGUUCGUAUGCAAAGUGCCUUAUCUACAAGAUCGUCCAUUAAUUCCAGACAUAAAUCAUUUAUUCGACCAUGGAGAUUGCAACCACAAGCACAAAAAUUGAUUAACAAGAAGUGUGAUCCUGUUGCUCUUUAUCAAAAGUAUCAACAGGAAUGGAAACAGAUAUCUUUCCCUGGAGAAGCAAAACAUUCAAAAGUAAGAUGGGCUGUCCGGGAAAAAAUGCUUGGUACAGAUCCUCAUCCUGUGCCACUUUCAAAAGAAUUCACAUAUGUACCGAUAUUAAAGAAGAAAUGAUAAAUUACUUUCAAGUAUAUAGAAAAUUGAUAAACAAUGAAUAAUAUGACAAUAAUUAGACUAUUUUAUAUUAUAUUAAAUUUUUAAUUGUAAUUAAAUUAUACAUGGCAAUCUCUUUCAAAAAAUGACACUGUCACUUGUUAAUACAUAGGUAUUGUAAGUAUAGAUAUUUAAGAUAUAUGCGUGCAUGAGCAAUUGUAUAUAUAUUAUGAAAACAGUAAUACACACAAGUUUUUAAAAAGAA